AUGACAUUCCCCUGGACAGUGCUGGUCCAUGAUUACAAGAUAGCUUGGAUCCAUCAAACAGAUUCUGGUCGCGAGGUGAAAGGCGAAGGCGUAGCGCCAUUCACAGUCACUGACUUCUUCGAUCUCAUUCAGAAUGCAAUAGAUACCAACCACCAAGAGAUUCAAGUGGUAUACGACUUUGGAGUAGGCGCUCCUCGAAGAAUCUACAUUGACCCGGACUUGAACGUUCAAGAUGAUGAGAUUGACAUCUCAGUCAGCUCGUAUACGGUCAAGUCAACGGCACAACGAGAGCUCGAAGCGGCGAGGGAAAAGUGGGAUGCUUUGGGGGUCGUUGACUAUGAUUACCAAUUUGAAAGCUCUAACGGUGGCACCAGGGAGAACCCAGCUCAUCCCUUUCCCUGGAAUGUGUCAGUGAAGAGGGCAAUUGUGAACAGAGUGACAGAUGCAAAUGAAAAACAGGUACACUUUGAACUCGAAAACAGUCGUGCAAUGGUUCCCGAUAGUGUGGAGGUCAUGUUCUUGCGGAUCGAGCUUGCUGUUGCCAUUGGUGCCUUCAGAAUCAGUGUAACAUACGCAAUGGAGGAAGGUUAUCCUGUGAAUGUCUUGAUUGAUCAGAAAGCUGACGGCUCCGAGGACAGCUUCAUGGCAAAGAUCAGCUUUUUGGCAUACGAGUUGCCUAACUACCGGUACCGCUGA